CUCCAGUGUCUAGUACAGUAGAUCAGAUGCUGCAUCAGCCAGGCACACUCAUAACGUGUUGAUCCUCUAGGCAGCGUUUCUCUUAGGAUUGCUGCAGAUAUUUUGUUUGGGUCAGUCAGAGGUGCCAGGUGACUCGACGUCGGAUAAAGUCGUGUUGACCGAGAGAAGAAAACACUGGAAGCGAGACUACAGCCUAAAGGUCUUUGAUCUCCUGGGAUGGCUCAGACCCGAUGGUCAAUUAGGGUCCAAUGAGCCCAGCAUCGGAUCGCAUACAUUAUGCUUAAAGCCAAAACCACUUGACCAUCACAUAAGGCUCUAUGAGAGGAGUGUCACACACUGAUUUUGGAUCAUAAUGAUCUUUGCCUGUAGCUGUUUUGUAUUCAAACUGAUUGGACAUCAGUAGGAGUUUUGCACAUGCUCAGUCGAGCCUGUCUGGUGUUUUGUAGCAUCAUCGGGAAACGCUUUUUCCUCUCUCCUCCAAGAGCAUGCCCUCUGAACCUCCUCCCAGCUCCCAGGAUAUGCUGACAGGACAGAGGCUGUGUCAAUCCAAAUCCCACCAGGACUCUGUCCUCUCUGCCCUUAAUCAGCAGCGCAAAGAUGGACUGCUCUGUGAUGUCACACUGGUUGCUGGGGAACAGAAGUUUCAUGCUCACAAGGCGGUUUUGGCAGCAUGCAGCGAUUACUUCCGGGCUAUGUUCAGUCUUUGCAUGGUGGAGAGUGAGGCAGAUGAGGUAACUCUACAAGGUGUGACUAGUGUGGGACUGAAGCAUGCACUAGACUUCGCCUACACGGGCCAGAUCAUGCUGGAGCCAGGAGUGAUACAGGACGUCCUGUCUGCAGGAAGCCACCUUCAGCUACUGGAGCUGCUUAGCCUUUGUUCCAACUAUCUCAUUCAGGAGCUAAACAGUUUUAACUACCUGGACCUGUACAGACUGGCAGACCUUUUCCACUUGCCGGCCCUGGAGGAAGCCGUGGUGGGCUUUUUGGUAGACCACCUCUCUGAGCUUCAUCAGAGCCGACAAGAAGAGGUGCUCCUUCUACCUUAUCGCCUUCUCAGGGAGGUCCUAAAAAGCGACCGCCUCACCUCUCUCAGCGAGGAGGAGAUAUGGCAGUUGCUGGUGCGUUGGUUGGAGCAUGACUGUAAAUACCAAUACAUGGAGGAACUGCUGCAACACGUGCGCUAUGGGCUGAUGGAGGUCUCCACCCUGCACCGUGUGGCCAACGGUCACCCCGUACUCGACUCCAGCAGCACUGUCGCCGCCCUGGUGGAGGAAGCGCUGGAUUACCACCGGUCCGUAUUUGCGCAGCCCCUGCGUCAAACACCCCGCACCACCCCUCGGUUCCAGUCGCUGACGCUGUAUAUCAUCGGUGGGCGAAAACGGGAAGUUAGCCGCGUACGAGAGCUGCGGUUUUUCAACCCUGCCAUGCAGGAGCACAUGCGUGUCGCUGGGGGUUCGAACUGGAGCGAGCUGGCCCCCAUGCCUGCUGGGCGAAGUCACCACUGUGUGGCUGUCAUGGGAAACUUCCUGUUUGUGGCUGGUGGGGAGGUGGAACACGCCACCGGGAGGACGUGUGCGGUGAGGACGGCGUGUCGGUAUGAUCCUAGGGUAAACCGAUGGACUGAUAUUGCAUCGAUGAAGGCAUGUAGGGAGCACUUUGUACUGGGAGCUCUGGGACAAUAUCUCUAUGCCGUUGGGGGCAGAAAUGAAUUGAGGCAGGUUCUGCCCAGUGUGGAACGUUAUUGCCCGAAGAGGAACAAGUGGACGUAUGUGCAACCGUUUGACCGCUCCUUGUCCUGCCAUGCGGGUUGUGUGGCAGAUGGUCUGCUCUGGGUCUCAGGUGGAGUCACAAACACAGCUCAGUACCAAAAUCGACUGAUGGUCUAUAAUCCAGACCAGAAUCAGUGGCUAUCACGCAGUCCCAUGUUGCAGCGAAGGGUGUAUCACGUGAUGGCAGCGGUAAGAAGGCAUCUGUAUGUGCUGGGAGGAAACGAUCUGGACUACAACAAUGACCGAAUCCUGGUUAGACACAUCGACUCAUAUGACAUUGACAUGGACCAGUGGACCCGCUGCACCUUCAGUCUUCUCACAGGCCAAAAUGAAGCAGGAGUGUCGGUCCACGAUGAUCGCAUCUAUGUGGUUGGUGGAUAUUCUAUUUGGACGAAUGAGCCGCUCGCCUGUAUUCAGGUGUUAGACGUGAGCACCAAAGGAAAAGAAGAGGUGUUUUAUGGACCAACACUCCCAUUUGCGUCAAAUGGAGUAGCAACAUGUUUCUUGCCUGCCCCGUACUUCACCUGCCCCAACCUGCAGACCUUACAAGUUCCACAUCACAGGAUAGGUGCUCUCUAACCUGCACUGUUUUUGACUUUCUGGAUGUUUAUAUUGGCACAGAUGCACUAUGAACCAAUGACAUCAUGUUUAAAGCCUAUUGUACCUAUACAAAAGGUUCUUUGAAUUGUGAUCGGUGACAUAAUGGAUGUAGAGUUCUUUCUGGAAAUCCUUACAAACAAGGUGAAGAGUGGAGAAUUUACUUCUAAACUUCACUUCGGCUUUCCUUUCCAUGCAUUUUUUAAACUAUACAGUGGAUUUGCUAUGGUGCUGCACCAAGGGCCCAUUUUAACAAUCAGUUUUUCUAUUUGACUCAGUCCCAAAAGGGUAACUUGAUGUGGAUCUGCGCUCUUACGCCCUCUCGUCUGUGUGUGUGCAUCAAGUCCACAAGACUGUUGUGUGUCCCUUGUGUCAUUUUAUGGUUCAUAAUCUUGUUUCACAGCAGACUGCUACACAACAAUCGAUGCAAGAACUGCAAGGGCGAUAUUUAGGACAGGGCUGAAGUGUGCUUAGUCUUAUGGUCCACUAGUUGGACGUCUCCGUACAAAGAUGUUUCGGAAUGUCUUGCAACUUAAUCCAGAUUCACUUAAAUGUCAGUUAAUUUCCUUUUUAUUCCAUGUAGUGUUGCGCGAUAUGCCCCAUAGUGAUAGUAUCGUCUGUCGCCACAACCCCAAUUCCAUGUCGUUUCUCAGUCUGUACUGUACUUUCUGUCAAAACUCAGGAUGAAGAUUGUACAAUUGUUUACCGAAUGUAAAUGAGCACUGCUAACAACAAAUGCAGCAAAUGCACAAAUACAUCAUCUUGAUUGUUCUCAAUCCUACCACCCAUUCCAUAAGAAAACAUAAUGUACACUUUUUUACAUGUCUGUAAUAAAUACAAUUUUACAGUGGGCGAAGAUUGA